CUAAAUCCUCCUCAAUGGCUGACGUCCAACACAUCCGCCUCCGACGGCCGCCAACAGAACCCAAAGCUGCGCCCCAACCAAGGCACACGGGAAUUCUCCAAGAUCAAUUGCGCAGAGCAGCACGGCGACCAUGGAACCCAAGUUUUUCGCUGGCAGUCCGUAUACUGCUUCUGAUGCGGGUCGCUGGUGCAAUGUAUUCCAACAUUGACGACUGUGAUGAAGUGUUCAACUUCUGGGAGCCUCUCCAUCUGUUGGACCACGGUUACGGCUUCCAAACUUGGGAAACCUCCCCUCGAUACGCUAUUAGGAGUUGGGCAUACAUCGUUUUACACCUAUUCCCGACGAGAAUCGCCAAAUUCAUUUCGGAAGAUAAGCGAGUCGCGUUCUUCGCAGUGCGGAUUACUCUUGCUGUAAUCUCUGUAUUCGCGGAAGCAACAUUAUAUCGUGCGGUUCAUCAAAGAAUUCAAGAGCGAGUGGGCCGCUACCUAUUCUUCAUGCUACUGUGCAGCGCUGGGAUGUGGAACGCAUCUGCUGCGUUCUUGCCGUCAUCAUUUGCCAUGUAUAUGACCACUUUCGCAUUUGCCUAUUCCCUCGAACCUCCUAAAGAAGGCAAUUUCCGACGCACAUUGUUCGUCACUCUGUUUUUUGCAACUGGUGCUGUCGUCGGCUGGCCAUUCGCUCUGGCGCUCUCCAUCCCAUUCGUAUGUGAGGAACUCUUCGUGUUCGGUGCAGAUCACGUCCCCGCGGAGAUAAAAACAAAGUGGAUGAUGACCCGUUGGAAGCAGCUCCUCAUGGCCGGAUUGGCCGCGUCGUUGCUAUUCAUUCCGGUCAUUGCCAUCGACAGUGUCGCAUACGGCAAAUGGACCAUCGUCCCUUGGAACAUAGUGCAGUAUAACGUCUUUGGUGGAUCUGAGCGUGGACCAGAGCUCUAUGGCACGUCGCCAUGGAACUUCUACCUGCUCAACCUCGGCUUGAACUUCAACAUCCUCACUCCAUUGGCAAUCUCUUCUCUGCCUGCUCUCGCUGUCACUUAUUACAUCGACCGCAAGCGGCUGGGAUUCGUGACCGUGACCGGCCCGGAACGGACAUCGCCAUAUACAACUCUGGCUAUUCGCCUUGCUCCUUUUUACGUGUGGCUGGGCAUUCUUACUGCACAAGCUCAUAAGGAGGAACGUUUUAUGUUUCCCGCCUAUCCUUUGCUCUGCUUCAAUGCUGCAGUCGCUCUAUACCUGAUGCGAGGAUGGCUCGAGAAAGGUUUCAUCACUUAUACGAAAUCUCCGUACCAGGCUUCCAAGACAAUGAUGUUUAGAACAUUCACUUCAUCGGUGGUUAUCACAGCUGCAGCUCUUUCACUGUCGCGAAUCCUUGCGCUGAUCAUAUACUACCACUCUCCGCUUUCCGUGAUGCAUCACUUGCAGACAUUUGAGUUGCCUAGGCUCCUCAAUGAUACGGGUCUCCUGCCAGUAGUUCCGCCGGGGACACCUGAGGAAGAAAUUCCUCGUGUCGAUCUUUCUCUCAUCAAGCGGUUCAACCUCACACUUUGCACAAGCAAAGAGUGGUACAGAUUCCCCGGUCACUAUCUCGUUCCUGAUGGUAUCCGCGUCGACUUCGUUAAAAGCCAAUUCGACGGUCUGCUGCCUGGGCACUUCGGAGAGGGAGACUCGAUGCAGAAUGUGGGUACAGGAGCAGGAUGGUGGGACCGGCCCGCCACGCGCCAGGUCCCGGACAGCCUGAACGAUCUGAACAAGGAGCAACCAGCAUUCUAUGUCCCCAUCGAAAGCUGCGACUAUCUCAUCGAUCUUGACUUUCCUCUGCACCCGUCUGUCUCGAGCCUCGAGCCUCGCUAUUCCAUCGACGCAGGAGCGUGGGACCGAGUCUACUGCACACCAUUUUUGGACGCAAGACACUCGAACACUCUGACCCGCACUCUCUGGUUGCCAGCGGCGGCUUGGCAGAAUCAGAACGAGUUUGGAGACUAUUGUCUAUUGAAAAACCUGCGCACGCUGCAGACAAAAGAGCAACUUGUAUCCAGAACAAUCACCGAGUCCACUACCUAGAGCCUAGAAACACAACGUUGUAAUUCAUGAUCGAUGACCAUGUCCUGUCAUGAUCGGAUCGUUUGUGUGUGCGGCGAUCAAAUGAUUACCCGCGAACAGCUACUUUGAGACGCGUUCGUCUUUGACAAUAUCUCACAGCUGCCCGACGCGUUUUUUUCAUCAACCUCGCCUCACGAAAUGGACCUUUCAGAGCACGAUUCCGAAUUGACAGAAAUGUCGGACUCGGACAUGGACAUCGAUGACCCUCCUGCAUCUAUCGUUCAAAGAACGAGUGAAUUUCUGCUCCCUAAACUGGCGUUACUUGAGAGGAUCUUGCCCUCAGGAUUGGAUGGUGACUGGAAAGAGGCCAAGAGCAUACUUCAGGAGACCAAAUGCCACGCUGAGGCAGUACGCCCGUAUAAAGUUGCGCUUUUAGGUCGCACAGUAGGGUCCGGAAAAUCCACACUCUUGAACGCCCUGCUACGCAAACCCAUUCUUGCCGCCUCUGCCGCUGGCGCUUGCACAGCAGUGAUCACAGAAAUCAGCUACAACGAUACGCUGCAGGCAGAAGUAGAGUUUAAGCAUGCGGACCAAUGGAGAAAGGAGCUGUGCACGUUGUACACAGAAGCAACUGACAAUGACGUCGACUCAGACGAGUUACAGGUGGAAGGCGAGGAGUUGAAGAGCUCUGCAGUGAGUCAGGCCAGGGAACGAAUGCGUCAGUUGUUUCCGGGGAUCUCAGACAAACAGGUCAACCAAUGGCCGAGCUUUGAAGCAUUUCGUGACGACAAUGAGCUUGCAAAGCAUCUAGGAACUUCCGUUAAACUGAAUGAUACAACUUUCGACAACUUUCAGAAGAAUCUCGAGACAUUCCUGGCCUCUACCUUGAGUCAGCAAAGCACACGACAGCUCUGGCCGAUUGUUCGUGUUGUGCGAAUCUGCGGCCCUUUCGAAAUUCUCUCGACUGGGGUAACACUGGUCGAUCUGCCCGGCUUCGGAGACGUGGAUCACUUGAGAGAUGCCGUCGCUGCGUCUUAUCUUGAACAGGCCGAUGCGGUGCUCCUCGGUGAAGUCAUACUCGAUAUCCCGCCUGCGUGCUUCUCAUGCAGUUGUCUAGUUGCCGGGAUCUCGAGAGCCAAGGACGAUAAGGAUGUCAAUACCCAUCUCAAUACCUAUAUUAACCAAUGCAUCGUUGAUGGUCGGGUACAAGACCGGUCGAUUGCGGUCAUUCUCACCGGCGCCGAUAACCGCAUCAGCAGUAAUGAGUUUACAUUAGAACAGUCGGAGCAAGUAAGGGUCAACGCUCUGGAAUCGAGCAUCCAAGCUCUUCUGGAUGACGAAGAUGAAAUCACCAGGAAACUCGAGAAGAAGAUGAAGUCAAAGUCAAGGUCAAAGAAACAUCAGGAUGGACUGAACGAUCUUCAAAAUCAGGUGCAGAAGUGCCACGACCAGAGGGUCGCCGAAAUCAAACAGAGAAACACUCUCCUAGCUAAAGGACGCGCACAGCUAGUGGAAUUGCAGUUUCAAAACAAGUUCAAAUACAUGUUCCAGGACUUGGCGCCCAAAGAUAAGCCCAUACCAAACGUGGAUAUACCCGUCUUCGCUGUUGGGAGUAAAGACUUCAUGUGUCUGAAAAGAAUUGAGACCGACGAUGCAAUGAUGUUUUCGACCGCAGAGGAGACCGGAAUUCCCCGAUUAACAGACCAUCUUCGAACGGUCGGAGAACGUCGCGCCUUGACUCAUGCUCAGUCUGGUCUAGUCGGUUUUUGCGACAUCGUUCAACGGGCAGACAAGAUUGUCAGCAUCAAACCUCAUGAUGCGGGGACGCAGCAGGAAACUGAUCUGACGAAGCUCAAGAGCGAACUCGACCAGAAGUGCGCGGCCGUCCUGGAUCGAAUGCUGGGCACUGUCAACGAUCUCUUUUUCCACGAGCUGCAACACGUCAUGAAAACCUCGCUGGCUAUCGCCAAGGAUCGCAGCACAUCUGUCUUCGAGAAACAUACCACGAAGAAGUGGUUCCGAUAUCGGACCCUUAUGCGACAAGAGGGAGUGUUUGAAAAAGAAGACAUCAACGUGGAAUUGACGCAGAAUGAGCUCGUUUCGGUGCUAAACGCGUGGAAUGACAUAUACAACUACAAACUGGGAUCAGCCUUUCGACUGUACUACGAAGAGUUGCGCGCAGAGAUCUCGACCCAUAGCCUAUACUUGACCGCUGCUGAUCCUCUUCGUGCACAAUCUGAUCUUGACCUUCUCAAAACUGUGUUGAACCAAGUGAAUUCGGUCGCUGUCACCGUGACUCAGAGACAAGGUGUUCCACAGCGUGCAUGGCCUCUUGCGACCAAGGCCAUCCUCCAACCUCAAUAUGAAAAAGCAGCAGCCCAGAAAGGACCGGGAAUGUACAAGCGAAUGAAGCUCAAUCGCGAUUACAUGCACAUGCACGGCGCUUCACUCUUCCAGCGUCUCGAAGAAACUGUCAACGAGCUGAACCGGGCACUUGUCAUCACUCUACGCACUGGGAAUGAUGAAAAGCUGAAGCGGCACAUCAAUCAACUUGCAUUGGGAUCCAUCACCAUCGAUCCCGUACCUGAAAAGACGGCCAUGUCGAACACAGAGCUCAAAACGUUCAUCGCAGAGCACGAAGACAUUGCAUGCCAUUUGCUUGAUGAAAUCAAGAAUCGAUUACAAGCUCUGGUUGUAUAAUUUCCUCUCGGUCCCAUGCUGUACCUUUCCUGGUCUACCUCCACUGUAAUCUGUAUUCUAUCGCAUGUUCUGUGUAUCGCGCUCUCUCGUCGCACUCGUAUCGCUUGCAUCAUCUACAACCUUGUACAUAAUCAGUGUAACGUUACCAUCUUUGUUUGGAAUCGAAUUCUUGCUACGAUUGUCAUCCAUCUCCAUGUUCCCGGCGCAGGACUCCGACGCGGCAAUCCGUCUGACAGACACCGACGCGGCGUUGGCAAGACUCUCGGCUGUACAAAAGGGGUACCUCGAAGAUCCAUUUGUCAAAGCGCUGAUCCCCCGCGCACAUCUCCAAUCUCCUCGUCCGCCGCUGAUCAAUAUCGGGACGUUCGUCCGCGCCACUGCUAUCGAUGAUCUCGUCUUCCGGUGGCUAGACAUAUGUGCGCAGCAGGGCACUAGGUGCCAGAUCGUCAGUCUCGGAGCAGGGAGCGAUACACGCUUUUGGCGGAUUGCGACAGGCGCGAGCAAGGAUGCGCUCGCUGCAUAUGUCGAGCUGGACUUUGCGGAGAUUACGACCAAGAAGGCGAUGGCCAUCCGGAAGAGCAAGGAUUUGAGCGCAGUUCUAGGUUCUACGUCCGACGUCAAGAUCGUUCAAGGCGGUAUGGGCCUGUCCUCCCCCAAGUACCAUCUCUUCCCCGUUGAUCUCCGACAACCGCCGGCCGAAAGAUGGGGCACACUGCUCAGCCCAAUUUUACAUGCGGACCUCCCGACCCUCAUUUUAUCCGAAUUGGAAGGAGGCGCAGUUCUCGGUAGCAUUGUCUAUGAGAUGUUCCGGCUGCAGGAUUCGUUCGGACGCGUCAUGCUCGAUAACCUAAAGGCUCGCAAUGUCACUUUGCCAGGCGCAGUGCCGUACCCGGAUGUGGCUUCUUUGCCUCGCCGUUUUACGGAUCUCGGCUUCGCAGCUGCUCGGGCACUUACCUUGAAGGACAUCCGGAGGUCAUACAUAUCCGUCUCGGAGCUCCAAAGGAUAUCACGCCUGGAAUUGGUCGAUGAAGUAGAGGAGCUGGACCUCGUCCUGGAUCACUACGCUAUCACAUGGGGUCUCUUCGUUCCGUCGUCUACGACUUCGGGCCCUUGGGCGCAGUGGGGUAUCAGUCCGCAAUCAGCGAGAACAGAUGAUGAGGAUUGAAUGCAUCAGGCGUUAGUCUACUGAGUUUUGGCUGCUUUUUUCAAAGCACGACG